AAAACCCUUGGUGUCUCCGCAGCUCUAAAAGGCAACCCAAUUCUCUCAUCGAUCCUUGAAAACAAACCAUGGCUCCCUACAACUUCGUCGAUGCUCCGACAGCCGUGUUUUGGGACACUAAUUGUUGCGCAGUCCCUGCUGACUUACAUUUUAUUGAUGUACUGCACAACAUUAAACGAUGCCUACAUGAAAGUUCCUAUAAUGGUAUCGUUAAAUACAUGGUUUAUGAUAGCGGAAGUCCUUCCCUUAUCGAUGAAAAUCCCCCCGUAGAGAAUAUGGUGAUCACUCGCUUCCCGGAAGGAGGUGAUCCAUUCGAGAAGUUUAAGAAGAUUUUUGUCGAUAUCAUGGAAUGGUCGAUUGAUAGACCGGUUCCUGCCAACAUUCUUUACAUCUCAGGAGAAACGAAUCCUCAUAUGACCGGUCUCAUCAACAAAUUAGGUAUGGACUGCUACAACACGCUCUUAUGCGUACGAGAUAGCCUUGCUGCCUUUCCUACUAACGGACGACUUCCAUUAGUCACCAGAGAUUUUCACUUCGUUAGAAGCGUGUGGUCCUGGUGUGAGUUAUCUCAUGGAAGACCGCCUUUCUUCAAUCGCUUUUCUGAUAAGCUGCGUGAAGGAAGGUGCUCGUAGAUCAUGUUAAAAGUGAAGACCGCCUUUCUUCAACCUAUUAACUGAUACGCUGAGGGUUUCCUUGGUCACCAAGGUAAAGAAAGGUGCUCGUGGAUCCUGUUAAAAGUGGCUAAAGGAAUAGCUUCGGAAGAAAAAGCAAAUACUCUGGCUUGAUGGAUAAGAUUACUAAAUAAGUUAGCGUCAUAAAACGUUGUCUUUUACUUAUCUGAACUUUAUGCCUUGGUUUGUAUUUAAAACCUAUCCAUACAUUUGAUCAGGUAUCAAAUCAAAGUUAAUAUAAUUUGCUUAGUAGCU